GGGUUCCCGUAGCACAAGCAGACCAGCGCGCCAGCGGAACGCGAAAACCCGGGCCCCAGUCGCAAUCCCCCCUUUCCCCUCGCCGCCGCCUCCGCCCCACACCUUCCCACCCGCCGAUUCACUCCGCUCGCGCCUUCCACCCCGCACCCCCAAUCCCCUCGCGCCGCCGCAGGGAGGAGGAGGCGGGGGUCGCGGCCGCGAAAGUUCCAGCCUGUUCCUCUCCCCCCAGGCUUGCCGAUCCGUGUUCAUGAUGGCUCUGCAGCAGCAGCACGCGGGGUCGGCGUCCGGGUCGGCGUCGGCGUCGAGCUCCAGCUCGGGGCUGCACCCGCUCGCGUCGCCCUCGUCCUUCGCGGACACCACCCACACCAAGGUCUUCGUCGGUGGGCUCGCCUGGGAAACCAACAGCGACAGGCUCCGCCGCUUCUACGAGCGCUGCGGGGACAUCCUCGAGGCCGUCGUCAUCGCCGACCGCCACUCUGGCCGCUCCAAGGGCUACGGCUUCGUGACAUUCCGUGAACCCGAGUCGGCGAGGAAGGCCUGCGAGGACCCCACGCCGGUGAUCGACGGCAGGCGGGCCAAUUGUAACCUGGCGUCGCUUGGUCGAGCCCAGCAUCCCGUGCCCCUUGGGCGGCCAAGAUCAGCUGGUUCCUACUUUGGUGUCUCGGUUCCAAGGGGCUUUUAUCUAGGGGGUUACGGCCAGCACCGACCGCUUCCACUUGGGUACUACCAAGGAUUCCCAGUUCCCCAGUACAGUUACACUUCAUAUGGGGCCGAAUACAUCUAUCCACAGGGUACAUUGAACCCAUAUGCCGGUCAGCAAUAUCUUCCGAUUUAUGGAGUCUCAGCAGCAGCAAAUGCAACCAACCAACCAUUUAGCCAAUUGAGCCCAUCCAUUUCUGGUGGGGGCAAUGGUUAUUUGUCGGUUCAGGGUUACAACAUGCCUGGAAAUCAAUAUGUGCAGCUCACUGGAUCGAACUUCAGCAAUGCAUCACCAACUGCUCGGCCUUCCAUUCAGACUCCCUUUUUAGUAGCACCUAUUCCCGCACACCCACAUCUAAUCAUUCCAGCCCACUCACCUCAGUUUACACAAGCUAGUGUUUCUGACCAAAGAGCAAGCUGAACUGUGCACCCAAACAUUUGUACCUUGAGGUACCCUUAGAUUGCAGCAGGAGUAAAAAGAGCAGUGUUGCCCUACUCACAGCAUAUGCUCUUACCUGGCAAGAAAUCAUCCUUGCAUUCAUAAGGUUGUCGUUAUCAUGGUCAACAGAUGUACCUGGAAAUCAUGAGGUUGUCCCUAUGGGUGGGGGCAAAUGGUCCAAGAGCAAGGGUUGCUCUUGCAGUUUCGCUCGGUUUACAUCCUAUGUCGAAAUGUGUCUGUGAUCGUGAUGGAGCAUGAAACAACGGAUGCAGCCAUGUUGAUCCUGUAUCUGACGUCUCAUGGUCAUGGAGAUAUAGCGUAUGCUGGAAUGGAGUCCAGCAUCUGUAAGAUGGAUUAAUCCAUUGGGGAUUAGCCAUCAUGGCCUUCAUAUGACUUCAUCUGGAACAUCAAGUUUGUGUGUCUGAAGUCACCACGCACUUGCCCAAGAAGUGUAUCCAGUCCUGUAUCAGUCUACAGUCAUCGUCGUGUUGUCUGCAUUCACCAGCCUUUGGAGCUAACUCUGGAGCACCUAGUUGUGGUGCUUUCCUGAGAGCUCCCUCCGCUUGGUCAGUCGUCUGUACCAAAUUUCUAGUGUUGUAUGUCCCAGAAGGUGGUCAGAAGGUGUGGUUUAGUUAUGUACUGCUCUCUGCUCUAUGCCGGUUGGUUCUGAGUGUAGAGCCCUCUUCCAAAAUAAAAUCACCGGAUGAGAAUCCCAUGAUGUUGGCGGAGCUGAUGCGUGCUAAACUGUUAAUGUGUGUCAGUGUUUUGUGGAACACUCCUGUUCUUUUUGGACCAAGCAGUGGUAAUAUGAUGCAGCAGGGAACGUGAAAGCUUUGCGAAAUGAAA